AUGUCCCGGGGAGUCCCCGCAGCUACUGGUUUGGCGGCGGCGGCACGCGGCGCGCGCCAGCGGGCGGCGCGCGGCCCUCAUUUAACGGAACGCUCCGCCGUGGGCCGCCAGUACCUCUCCGGAGCCCGCAGUGCAGCCAUGGUCAGGCACCAAGCAUCACUCGCCUACUGCGCGUGCGCAAUAGCCGUCUUGGCAGCCACAGCAAGUGCCCAGCGGUGCGAGUCGCCGUGCGUGCGGGUGUCGGAGUGUGGCUGGCUGGCGGAGCUGCUGCGUCGCGAGCCGCGGCCGCCGGGCGCCGCCCAGCUGCUGCGGGGCCUCGUCUGCGGCAGGGACGACCGCUUCGUGCUCGUCUGCUGUGGCCCGCCGCCGGGGCAGCCCAAACCCAAACCUCAACCUCAGCCACAGCCACAGCCGCAGCCAGAGCCGCAGCCGAAGCCGCAGCCGAAGCCGCAGCCAGACGGGCCUGUCAGGCCACAGGACCCGCUGCAGCACCCCAACCUGCGGCUCCUGCCCAUGGACACGUGCGGACAGGACGACUCUGACCGUGUCUUGGGCGGCAACGUGACUGCCGUCAACCAGUACCCCUGGAUGGCGCUACUCGGCUACUCGUCACGCGGCAGUCCCCGGGAGUUCCUGUGCGGCGGCUCUCUCAUCAGCAGCCGCUACGUGCUGACCGCCUCGCACUGCGUCAACGGCAGGAAGCUCGGCUCCUACAGGCUGGUGGGCGUGCGACUGGGCGAGUGGGACCAGCGCACAGACGUUGACUGUUCCGUCGACUUCUGCGCUCCGCCCGCCGAGGACUACGGCAUCGAGGAGGCCGUCCCCCACCCGGGCUACAACCCGCAGUCCACCAGCAACGCCGACAACGACAUCGCGCUGCUCAGACUCGACCGCGACGCGCCCGAUAACUCUUUCAUCAGACCAGUCUGCUUGCCAAUUGCUCCUGAGAUCAGGCAGGCAAAUUUCGUCGGGAAGAAUCUUGUUGUGGCUGGCUGGGGUACAACGGAAUAUGGUGACGUCAGCCCAGUGAAGCUGUACGUCGGGGUGCCGGUGGUGGACGAGCAGACGUGCCAGCAGCGGUACUCGCGCUGGAACCGGCGCAUCGUGCCGUCGCAGCUGUGCGCCGGCGGCAGGGAGGGCAAGGACUCGUGCACCGGCGACAGCGGCGGCCCGCUCAUGGCCCUACAGGGCCGGCCCCCCAAGGGGGUCCUCGUCGGCGUCGUGUCGUUCGGCCCCCGCGAGUGCGGCAUGGAGGGCUACCCUGGCGUCUACACCCGCGUCUCCUUCUUCCUCACCUGGAUACUCGACACCAUUCGGCCUUAACGUCACGCACACAGCGCACACCAAACCACACCGUCUAGACCUCUCACCGCGUGCGAGAUUCGACUGGAUGCAUCCAGACGAAGUACAUCAACACUCAUACAUUAAUGUUCACAUUAGGACAGCGAAUAUCAGCGAUAUUACACCUUAAGACGCGUUAGCUCUUAGCGGUAUCUUUUUACGUGCUAUUACUCACCAUCGGCUUCAAAAUACUCAUAAUUUCACUAUAAAUUCUUCUUCUUUUGUUGUCUUUAAAUGUCUAGUACACAUAACAUUCACAAAAACGAUCCUUAAAGGAGAAAAAUGAAACACAUCACUGUCGCGUGAUAUCCAUGUGUGAAACAGGUUAAGAAACUGAUUAUUAUGGGAAGAAGCUCCGGUAAUUCGUAAUAAAAUCCAUCCUGAGAACAGCAAAAUUUCGUAAACUUUAGAUAGCUGUACAACAUGUAUAUCGAUGCCAACUGAAAACACCGGAAGGCUUAAUCUUGACGAGCAAGUGAUUCGUUGUAAAUUCUGUGACAAUGUGGCUGUAAAUAAUGUGACAAUGUGGUACUGUUAACAACUGCUGCGUCAGAUGACACAGUGUACUGUUUUAUGCACUGACAACAAGCGCUGCCUUCUCAUACCCGUUUGCGCUCUAGUUUAAGGAAUUGAAUUUCCUGCAAUUAUUCUCACUCAGAUCCUACAUUCAUCAAAACCAGGACUGCUUUGGCCACAUUCUUGUUGUCAGAAAAUAAUUUUGUUUGCAACAUUUAAUAUACUGGGUGAUCAAAAAGCCAGCAUAAAUUUGAAAACGGAUUAAAUCACGGAAUAAUGUAGAUAAAGAGGUACAAAUUGACACACAUGCUUCGAAUGACAUGGGGUUUUAUAAGAACCAAAAAAUGCAAAAAUUAAAAAAAAAAAUAUCCGACAUAUGGCGCUUCAUCUGAUCAAAAUAGCAUUAAUUAGCAUAACAAAGUAAGACAAAGCAAAGAUGUUCUUUAGAGGAAAUGCUCAAUAUGUCCACCAUCAUUCCUCAACAAUAGCUGUAGUCUAGGAAUGUUGUGAACAGCACUGUAAAGCAUGUCCGGAAUUAUGGUGAGGCAUUGACGUCGGAUGAUGUCUUUCAGCAUCCUUAGAGACGUCGGUCAAACACGACACACUCGCGACUUCAGGUAACCGUAAAGCCAAUAAUCGCACGGACUGAGGUCUGGGGACCUGGGAGGCCAAGUAUGACGAAAGUGGCGGCACAGGAUCAUCACCAAACGACACACGCAAGAGAUCUUUCUUGCGUCUAGCGAUAUGGGGUGUUUCUUUUGUUCUAAUAAAACCCCAUGUCAUUCCAAACUUGUGUGUCAAUUUUUACCUCUAUCUACAUUAUUCGGUGGUGUAUUAAGUUUUCAAAUUUAUACUGACUUUUUGAUCACCCGGUAUUUGUACGUUUUUUGUACAUUACCAGUAAUAACAUUCUGUUCUGGUUUCCUGUGAUACUGUUUCGUGAUUACAUGUACAGACGUGCUUUCAAACAGAGAAAGUGAUUUCGAACAUUGAAAUCAUUCUGUGUAUUGAAUUUUUAUAAACUGUAAUUUAUUUUGUUAUCCUUGCAAAUCAUGGGAGUGAGCUGUACCUUGAUGUAUAGAUUUACUUUUUUUACUCAUAAUUUAUAAAUAAACGUUUUAAGUAUA